GGAAACAUUUGCAGGUCCGAGCCAGCGGCCUAAGAGGGGAGUGUGCGCAUUCGACCAAGCACGGAGACGUUGCCCACCUCUCCUUUACUGAGGUCUGUAGUCGCGGAGAAACACAUGUUGCGUUAUUAACGUUCAGAAGUCUGCCACAGCUUCGAUUUGAAUGACUUGCCAGGAACACCAAGUUUCACUGUGGAAUUGGGUUCCCCUUCUCCGGCGCCUCAUUUGCUACGCUCUCUGGAGAAAAAGCACGCCCACUGCACGCGCUCAAUCGCUACUUCCGCUCUCCAGUCUCUCCAAGCAAGAUGGCGGAGGAGCCGCAGUCCAUGUUGCAGCUUCCUCCCUCAGGUGCUGCUGGAGGGGAAGGACUUACGGAGGUCUCCCCAGAAACAACCACCCCGGAGCCCCCGUCUUCCGCUGCAGUUUCCCCGGGAACAGAGGAACCUGCUGGCGACACCAAGAAAAAAAUUGACAUUUUGCUAAAGGCUGUGGGAGAUACUCCUAUUAUGAAAACAAAGAAGUGGGCGGUAGAGCGAACUCGAACCAUCCAAGGACUCAUUGACUUCAUCAAAAAGUUUCUUAAACUUGUGGCCUCAGAACAGUUGUUUAUUUAUGUGAAUCAGUCCUUUGCUCCUUCCCCAGACCAAGAAGUUGGAACUCUGUAUGAGUGUUUUGGCAGUGAUGGUAAACUGGUUUUACAUUACUGCAAGUCUCAGGCAUGGGGAUGAACCACAAAGAAAAUCAACUUGCUACAUAAGAUGGAUUUUCACAGAAGAGACAGCUCUGAAAAGUUUUGCUGCUUGUGGCAAGAGACUUAACAGAUGUGAUCUAUUCAGUAUGUGUUUACUCUAUGUUUAUGCAUAAGAAAACAUCCAUAGCAUGAAUGGACUCAAAAAAAUGUGAUUUGUAUUAAUACACCAAUCAUCAUAAAAGAUGGUCAUUAUAGUACACCCAUUGCUCCUACUUGUUACUAUUAUUGCUGCAGGUCUGCCUCCAAGGUUGAAAAGGAGACUAAGACUGUAUAAGCAUCUUCAUUGCCAGUUCUCAAAAUGACUGAAAUUGUUUUCAUGAUAAAAGUUAAUAUACUAAAAGGUUCCUUUUUUUUUAAUGUUUACAUUUAUGUCUCUGUUUACCUUCUUAAAAAUAGUCACAUUGACCUGCUGGCUGAAUACCUCAAAGAAUCCAGUAGAGGGCAGCCCACCAGGCAGGAAAGAUUAGGCACUUUGGUUUCACAUCUUUGCUGUGGAGUAAUAGGGAAAAUGGCUGUUUUUGCUAAUUUUUAGCUAAUAUCUAGCCAGGAGAGCAAGCACGUUGGACAGACUGAAAGACUGUAAUUUUAGACAAUACACAUGGUUAUAUUAUAAUACAAAUUCUGGACAAAUAAGUCAUAUACCUGUUUUCAGUACUAUCAUUUAAGGAUUCUUGAGUCCCAAUCACCUAACUGUGGUGUUAUUCUGUCAUUUAUAUAGUGUCAAAAGCACUUGAUGAGUAAACCCAGUAACAUCUUUUUGAGUGUUUCAUAAUGCAUUUUCCAACUUGAAAACACUCAAUAACUGAAAAAUAGCCUUAUUGUGUAUUUUAUGCCAUGACUAAAAGUACCAUUUUUACUGAUGCUAUUAGACUGAUAAUUUCUUGAAGUGAGAUUUAACCUUUUUUAUCUUCGUUCAGUAUUAUAUUUGUAAUGCCAUAUUUUUAGAAAGCAUUCCAGAUCAGCCACGGUGGCUUACACCUGUAAUCCCAGCACUUUGGAAGGCCGAGGUGUGGGGAUUGUGUGAGGCCACAAGUUUGAGACCAGCCUGGAUAACAAGGCAAUUUCCCCAACUCUACAAAACAAUAAAAAUUUAAAACAAAUUAUUAAGCUGCAGAGGCAAGAGGAUCCCCUGACCCCGGGAGUUCAAGGGUAUAGUGAGUCAUGAUUGUACUGUGGCAUUCCUGCUGGGCAACAGAGUGAGAUCCCAUUCUCAAAAAAAAAAAAAGCAUUCUAGUAAAUCAAAUGGAAUGUGAAUGGAAUUUCAAAACAGGAUCUAAGAUGGUAUGUAGUAGAAUUCCAAGUAAUAUCAUUCUAAAGUUAAAUACGUUGAGUAUGGAAAAGAUCUGUUCUCCAGUUUUGUCCGCUUCAGUUAACUGAAGGAAUAUAUUUAAUUAUAUUAAUGUAUUUAACAAAUAAAAAUAUGUUGAAUUUUUUAUUAUGUUUGCCACUGAGGUUUCAGAUGAUAGACCUCAAAAAUCGAAAAUACUGGUUGAAUUUGUAGCAUCCAUUUAAUUAUUCUUUUUGACCUAAAUAACUUAAUAGUUUAUUAAAUCUAAGGUUAGCUAAAUAUGCAACUAACCUUAUUUGUUUUCUUUCCUAACAACUCUGAAGAAUACAGAGGACUUUGCACUUUUUUAUUUUUAUUUUUUAAGAGACGGAGUUUUGCUCUUGUCGCCCAGGCUGGACUGUAAUGGCGCAAUCUCGGCCAUUGCAACCUCUGCCUCCCAGGUUCAAGCGAUUCUCCUGCCUCAGCCUCCUGAGUAGCUGGGAUUACAGGCGCCUGCCACCACGCCUGCCUAAUUUUUUGUUAUUUUUAGUGGAGGCGGGGUUUCACCAUUUUGGCCAGGCUGGUCUCGAAUUCCUGACUGACCUCAGGUGAUCCACCCACGUUGGCCUCCCAAAGUGCUGGGAUUAUAGGCGUGAGCCACCCUGCUGGGCCUGGACUUUGUACUUUUUCAAAUCAUAUUUAAUUAUUUCUUGAUCUUUACUCAAAGAAUCAUUCUAUGCUAAAUUUACAACAUGAAGCAAUAAUUAAGCCUGGAUCUGAUAAGUUAUUGGGUGACUAGAACCUAAAACACAAUUUAUUUUUAAUUUAGACUCUCAAGUCUUAUUAAACUUGGGGGGAAAAUUGAACAUUCAGAUGAUAUUUUAAGUUUUCUUUGUGACUAGAUGUCAAUAAUGUCAUGCUUUAUUUUACUGUACAUAGAUGACCCAUGGCACACAAAGUAUAUGUAUAAUAUUACAAUUUUGUACUUCCACCUUUAAAAGUAUGCCAAAGACUUCAUAAUGAAUUCACUAUAUUUAAUGAAUAAGGCAAAUUAAUGUUUUAUCUGAAAUCAAAAUGAGAAUGGAUAAUUCCUGGAAUCUGAUUUCUGUAAGUUUCAAUCCUAAAGGGACCUUAAAUAUCUACUAGAAGUACAGUGUAUUCCUCAGAUUAUAUGACAUUAGUCAACCAAUUUAGUUGUAACACAAAGUGGGAAAGUCUUAGGUGUUGAAGGAGUGUGAAAAUAAAAAUCUCAUGCAGUUUCUACUUCAUUUUCCAAGGAUUAUAAUAUGCUGAGUAAACUCUUGGCACAAAGGAGGAAGCCAGCUACGGACCACAUAAUGAAAACUAUUCAGAAAACAGUUCAGCAAAUAUUACUAUUUAAAUACAGUUCAAGUCGUAUUUAUAUAAAUACUGUUUCCCUACAUUAUUUAACCCAAACUGGAUUAUUCACUGUUCUCUCAAGAUGCCUUGUGUUUUCUGUUUCCUACUUCUGCUCGUGCAUACUUACACUUUCACCCUUUAAAAUCCUAACUCUUCUUCAAGACCUGAUUCGGAUUUUAACUUUUUAAAGGCUACCUGAAUCAUUCAAGGAGAAAGAUACCCUUUCUCUCAUAAAAACACUUACAGCAAACUACCACUAUUACAGCACUUAGUGCAUACUG